AUGGAUCCCAUAACCAUCACACGCUAUGCCCGUCUCCUUGCUGUGCCCAUUCCCUUCGCAUUAGCUGGCUACUCCUUCGCCUUCUCCCAAAACGCCGUCCCUCUUACCUACGACCUACCAGCUGAACAGAGCACCCCGAUCUUCCGCGGCGUUUACACCCAGGGCGCCGCCGUCGUCGCACCCGGCGGGAUCCUCGGAGCGGCUUCCGCUGCUUGGCUAGCCUACAGUCUUCCUGAGCAACAGCGCGUAUGGGCCACCAUUGCUGUCAUGAAUCUCAUGCCCCUUGUUUGGACUGGAUUGGUGAUGAACACUGGGAUCCAGAGGUUGCUGGAGAUAGGCAAGGACAAGGGAAAGAUGGCGAAGGCUACGUCGAAUUUGGAGGUUAGGCAGUUGCUUGGACGAUGGGUUUUGCAGAAUUAUGUGCGGGCAGGGCUGUAUGUCGCUUCUGGUGUGCUUGCGUGGAGGGCAACGAUGGUUGUUUAG